AGUUAUAUGAACAGAACCCGAUGACCAAACAAGAAUCAUUAGUUAAGACGCAAUCAUGAUAUUUAUUUCAAGCGCAGUAAUUAUUUAUUUCAAACGUAAUUAUCAAUUUCUAGAAUUCAUUGUCUCAAAGUCACCUAAUUGCGCAUUUCCUGUUUCGUUGCGCAUCUUCUCUUCAUAUUUAUUUAAAACGCAUAUUAGAGCCAUAUAAAUAGAGCGCAGACCUAGACCUAAGCGAUUAUUGUAUCAUCCAAGUUCGUUGAAUAAACAAGUGAAAGUUAACAAGUUCUUCUGAAUCGAUCAUCAAGAACCCACUUAACAAAUCCUAAGAAAACCAACAAAAGUGAAUCAAAGUCUAAACCCAAUUCUAAUCCGCGAUCGCGAUUCGAACCAAUAAAUAAAUAAAUUAUAUUUAAUAACUCGUGAGUCGAUAACGAAAUCGUUAAUAUAAAACCGCUCGACACAAACGGGGAAUAUAAUUUGCAUGGAGAUGGCAACAAUUACACACCCGAAUCUUGCGUGCGGCGUUUCACACGGCGAAUGCAAUAAAAAAGUUGUUUAUAUACAAACGCAGAUAACAACAUUGUGUUCAAAACAAUUCUCGGGUCCACGAUUGCGGAUAAAUAUAAAAAGAAGCAGAAUAAAUCCAUUUUAUAUUUGCGCAUCGUAGUGGCAUCUGUGAAUAACACAGAUAGAAGUCCCGGAAUUUAAAUGAUUAAAAAUGAUGAAAAAUUAAAUUUCGAAUUGUGUAAUUCUGAUUUCUUAUACUAGAAGAUUGCAUGAUUUUAAUUUAAUAAAUUUAAAUUUUUUACAUAAUUGUUUUGUAAUAUUUUGUUACAUCGUAACUAUCCAACUCUACUUAGCACCUACACCAAUAAUAAGUAAAUUUAAGCCAAACUGAAUUAAGAUAAAAUAAUAAAUUGGGCAUAAAUUUAUUAAUUUUUAAUCCAUGAACAUUCAAUUUUUACCCGUCGGAAUAAAGAACAACAAUAUUUAAUAAAUAUUUAAUUAUAAUUGGUAGUAGUUUCAUUGGUGUCAGUGAAGAAGCCACAAAACUGCAAUAAAAACAUCAAAAUAUUAUAUUUCUAAGCGCAAAACAAUACCUGCUCGAGUAACGCGUCGCACUGAUAACUUUAAACAAAACCUGCAACACACUCUCAAGUUUUACUAAAUAGAUUAAAUUUCCAAAAUUAAAAGGAAUACGAAUAUAAAUACAAGCAACUAAGAAACAAUCUCCAAAUCAAAAGAUGUACGCCGCAGCAAGUGUUAAGCGACUGAAAGUCACCCGAGAAGCAACGCGUCCGAUGGAAAAUGCAGAAACUUUCCAAGGAAUAGGUAGAAUUGAAUAUAAACCCGACGCAAAUUACACAUGUGAUGAACAACUUUCUUACCGCUAUUACAAUGCCGCGGAGAGGAUUCAUGGUCGCACUAUGGAAGAAUGGCUGCGUCCUUCUGUCGUGUACAACACCGAAAUGUCUUUCUAUACCCACCAGGCACCAAUUCUGUACAAAACUUUAGAAGCCCGGCAUACUUCGAUGGAAACAACAAAGAAAAAUAUUCGCGCAAUGUUCGAGUUAUGCCUUAAAAUGGGAGUGAAAUUUUGGUCCGGGUACGAAGACGAUCUGGUACCCGACGGGGACACUUUCGAAGAAAAUUCAACUAAUUACGAGCAAAUUUGUGAGCUGCUCAAUGAGUAUCAGCAGAAAACUGGCGUAAAACCGCUCUGGAUCGGUGUAAAUUUUCAACAUAGCAGAUAUGCUAACGGGGCCAUGACAAAUCCGGACCCGAACGUGAUGGCUUUCGCAGGCUAUCAGACAAAACGCACUAUCGAAAUGGCGCACAGAUUAAACGCAGAGUGUUUCCUUAUCAACGGCCACCGCGAGACCUACGUCAACACAUUGAACACAGAUUUGGGCAAAGAAAUCAAACAUUACUCGCGUUUUCUUAAACUCCUGAUCGAACACCGUGACAAGAUUGGUUUCCGUGGUCAAAUGUUGUUCGCGCACCAAAAUAAUCUCUCAAACACCGACACAUUAAGCCAACAUGAACAUUACUACACAAACAAUGCAUUCGACUUGAUGUUACUACUGAAACAUUUAAACUACGACCGGUAUUUCAAGAUCAACGUUCGGCCAGGUCAUGCUUUCAACAUGGCGCAUGCAUAUGGAUGUUCAGGUUGCCUGAAUAUUAAAUGCCCAGAAGAUAUCACUACUGCCACAUUAACAAUUCACGCAAUCGUUGAAAAGGGAGGUUUCGGUCAGUGUGGUAUCACAUUCGAUUUGCCGUUCAAUAAUCAAAGCUACAUUGAAGCAAAAGAAGCGAUGGAAUUGUAUGUAAGCGCAUUGGAUUCUUACGGCAAGGCACUGCGCUUUGCCGUGAAGUUGUUAAAUGACACACCAAUAAAUAAACAACUACAGACACGUUACUCUGGUUUUCAAACCGGUUGGGGGAUGAAAUUCAUGACACUGGACGCUUCUCUGCAAGAGUGUGAAGAUGUUGUCAAAAAGUUAAACGAGUCGAAUGCGCCGUACACUUCAAACAAAUCUAAUCAUUGGUUUGUUGUCCUGCAACGCUAUGUCGAUGCACAAAACUUGAAAUAAUUCCCAUAACGUUCAUUUCAAUUUUUGAUUUCUCAAAGCACAACCAGUAAUAAUAUGUUUAACAUUAUAAAACGUACAAAACAAUUUUGGAUUAUAAUCAUUGAAUCAGAUAGUUCGGGUAAUUUUGUAAAUUGUAUCAAUAUUGGUAACUUACGAAAAUAAACGAUUGCAAGUUUUAGUCA